AUGACAAAGCAAUCUCCUUUACCCAUCUCAUUAGCACUUCUAUUUUCCCUCUUGCAUGCAACCGCUCUAGCAGCCCUAUCUCCGGCCACCGCGCCGGCGCAAUCUCCCCCCACCCCAUCGACCGCCGCCCCAACAACACCCUUGAUCCCCACCCUACCCCAGCCGCCUCCCACCGACAACACUCCCGGCGCCACCGACAUAGCAUCAAUCCUAGGACAAACGAACUCCUUCAACAUCUUCCUUCGCCUCAUGAAAACCACGCAAUUGAUCAACCAGCUCAACUCCCAACUCAUAACCAUAAAAUCCGGUGGCUUAACCAUUCUCGCACCCGAAGACGGCGCCUUCUCGGAGCUCCCACCGGGCUUCCUCAACACGCUCUCCGACGGCCAGAAACUCAAGCUCGUCCAGUUCCACGUCCUCCCGGACUUCGUCUCCAGCGCCAGCUUCGACACACUCACCAACCCCGUGCGAACCCUCGCCGGGAACAAGCCGGGGAAAGUGGAACUCGAAGUGAUAAGUUACGGGGGCAGCGUUAACAUCUCCACGGGACAAGUUAACACCACCAUCAAUGGGAUCGUAUACAUGGAUAAGCAUCUUGCUGUUUAUAAGGUGGGUAAGGUGCUUCUUCCUUCCGAGUUUUUCCCUGCUAAGAAGAAGACUAUAGUUGCUGCACCCACUCGGGCUCCGGCGCCGGUUACUGAAACGGUGAGGGCGCCUGAACCUGCAAAGGUGAAGCCAUCGUCUUCCGAAGAAUCCUCGGCGUCGUCGACGCAGGUUGUUCCUACUGUCACCUCUGGAGGUAUUAGAAUUGGUGUAAGUGGAACGUGGGUGCUGCCCCUUGUUCUUGGUGUUGUCUUUGUGGGAUUUUUGAAGCCAUGA